UAUUUUCCUUUUCUCUUUCGUUCUUGUUUGUUUCUUGAUUUACCCUUUGCUCAAAUUUUCUUUUUCCUAGCUUUUAAAUUUGUUUGUUCCAAUGAUUUCUCUUUGGUUUCUUUACAAAUCUUGGGUUGUGAAGUAGAGAACGUUUUUUGGUGUUUGUAAUGAGAGUAGUUUUGUGUUUUGCAAUGGAGAAAAUGACAAGUUUUAGCUCAAAAUGUUUGGUUUGUUCAUGCUGGGAUUUGAGGUUGUUGGUUCUUCAAAGUUGUCUUAGUGAUGGGAUUUCAGUUCCUAAUCAAAUUUCAAAAUUUGGGUAUUUGUAGUUUUCUUUCAAAAUCUUUUUGACUUCAUUACUUUUUUUUUUGUUUGUUGAUCAUCAAAUUAAUGGCACAAACAGAGAAACUUCAGAACAUUGAAACCGGCCAACAUCAGCAUAAUAUUUCUAUGAGCAACAAUCUUCCUAAGGAGUUGUUGCAAAGAUUUAUAUCUGGGAAUCAUUAUAAUCACAGACUCAAUGGAGAAGAAGGAGAAGACGACGAUGUUGAGCUAAGUCUUGGACUUUCAUUGAAUGGUAGAUUUGGUGUGGACCCAAAAGCCAAGAAGAUUACUAGAUCAUCUUCUAUAGCAUCAGAUUUUAUUAACCCAACAGGAGAAAAUGGAAGUGCUUUUGUGGUAUCUAAUUUGGAAAGUAAUUAUCUUCCAAGGACUUGUUCUUUGCCAACAGAGACAAAAGAGGAGUUGAGGAAGAGGAAAGAGAUGCAGACACUUAGGAGAAUGGAGGCUAAAAGGAAGAGAACAGAGAAGCAAAAGAUUCUGAAAACAGUGACGGAUAAAACUAUGGGUGAGGAAGAUAAGAGAGAAAAUGGCACAAAUGGUGAUCACCAUCAAAAAGAGUUUCUUAAGAGUUUCAAUGGUUUCUUUGGUGUUGGUGUAGAAGGGCUGUCAGCACAAGCAGAAGCAGCACCACCAUUAACACACGAAUCACAAGGGACUGGAUCAUCUGGGACAACAGAAUUUGAGAGCCAGCCACUUCAAGGAAUGAACAAAUACACUGAGUCAAGAAGCCCUGUCAGUGUUCAGUCUUUGUCAGAUUAUGAGCAGAGAUCAAUCAUUGCUCCUGGAUUAGUACUAGGUGAAAAAUCAAGUUUCCCUGCCGGAGUUGCAAUGGAAAAGAAUGGAUCUAACAAACUUACAGUCACUGAGAAUGGGACUAAGGAGGUGGUGAGGGAUGUGUUGGAGGAUAUGCCAUAUGUGUCCGCAAAAGGAGAUGGUCCCAACGGGAAACGCAUAGAAGGUUUUCUCUACCAGUACAGGAAAGGUGAGGAGGUGACGAUAGUAUGCGUUUGCCAUGGAAGCUUUCUCUCACCAGCUGAGUUUGUCAAGCAUGCAGGUGGUGGUGAUGAUGUAGAACAACCCCUUAAGCAUAUAGUGGUUCACCCCUCUCCCUUUUUUUAAUGGUAAUUCUCGUGCUAAAAAGACAGCGAGGAUAAGGAACCAUGGAGGUCAAGGCUAAUGAAGUUUUCUUUUGAAUCUCAAUUUUCCCCCGGUUACUGGCUUGUGCCGAUUACCAUGCCUGUUGCUGCAAACCUAAAUUAUUUUUCCUCUCUCCAUUUUCAGCCGUGUAGCGUGAUGCAAGAUUAUUUUUUCUAAUGUAAAGCAGGCCAACCUGGUGAAUUGUGUC